CAUGAGCUUUUUAUUAAAAGAGCAUCAGGACUCUAGUCAGCGAAUAGUAGGAAAUCCAAUUCAUUACUUAAAAACUGUCCCACCCAUUUUUUUUAAAAGCACACCAACUGCGUAUAUAGGGUGUAAACAACAGUCCUGCACAGUUUGGUAGGAGCAGCAGAGUGACAGACUCCUUCCAUCUUUUUUCUUAAGGCGGAUAUCACUUGUUUGACUUGCAGGGGUGUAACAAGAAUCGGAGUAUCAAAGCCUGAUUCUGGGAAAAACAUGGGGAACGAAGCAUCCAAGAACAAAGAGCUUACCAAGAAUGGGAGCAUCUCUAAGAAGCAUACAAAUGGAUCAAUAAAUGGCAUCUCUUCAACCAUUAAAUUUAAUGGGGUGGCAACUGUUGAAACAACGGAGCCGGACUACGUGAUACUCGAAUCGGACUCUAAAUUGGCUGAAGCUCCGAUUAUUUCUGAACUCCUUGAAACCAUCAUCCAAAAGGAGGAGGUCAAGGAAAUAAAUGAGAAUCAACCAGAUGUAAGUUUCCCUGCCCCCGAUCCACAGACAGAGACAACUAACCUAAAGCAAGAAUCAGAAUCACUACCGGAGCCGGAGAGCGUGACUCUAGACCCGAGUCCAGAAGAAGAGAAAGCUCCUGAAACGGUCAACGGAAACAUUCAUCCUGUGGAAACUAAGGCGCAAAGUAAACCAGAAGAGAAUUCAGUUAUGAACUUCUUCAAAACACUAGUGACUCCCAAAGUAACCAAGGAAACAGCUACUCCUGAAGCCACAAAAGAGCAGUCCCAGGAGUGCCCACCAGCGACAACCACUACUGUCGCACAAGUAUCUGAGCCGCCCCCAGCGCCCAAAGGAAUGUCUAUCCCACCACCACCUCCUCCAGAGCCACCGAAAAUGGAAAUCAAGGCAGAGCCAGCUGCCAAACCUGCCAAACCCUCACCCAAAGAAGAACCCAAAGCUGCUGGAAAGUCACCCAAGGACUCAAAAGGAAUAUCAGCCAGAGCCACUCUGAGCAAUCUCUUCCGUCCAAAGAAAGUCAAUGAAGCACCACCAGAGCCAGAAGUAGAGGUAGAGGUACAACCAGUUGUAGAAGUGCAGGAGACACCGGUGGAGACACCAGAGCCAGUAGUAGAAGUCCAGAGUGAAAUGAAUGUUGAACCCGCUGAGACAGCAGAGGAGGCUGCAGAGCCAGUUGUAGAGCAGCAGAUGGUGGAAGAGGUACCACAGCCAGUUGUAGAAGCUGAGAAGGUGGAUCCCUCAAAAGCUGGCACCCUGGAGGCCGCCGCAAAGCCCGAACUGCCACCGCCUGUUCAGGAAGAAAAGAAAACAGACUCAAAACCCUCUUCUUUUCCAUGUUUAAGCCCAAAAAGGCGACCCCUGCCCCCGCUGCAGCAGCAGAGACAGUGAAAGCCAAGGAGGAGCCAAAAGCAGCAGCCAAGUCUUCAGAGGCGGUUGUAGAAAACAAACCCGCUGCAGUGGCCCCCCUGGCUGGAGAAGAUGCAGCCAAUGUUCCCAAGAAACUGGAGAAGAGGAACUCCAUCCAUUUGUUCUUUAAAAAUCUGGGUCAGAGACGUAGCUCGACAGAAGCCGGGGUACAGACGGAGCAAGUCCCUGCUGCUGCAGCUGCUGAGAAGGCUAAAUGAAACCAAAAACCAACAGUGAAGUUUCCCUGUACAAAACCCCUUCUCUUCUUUGCUCUUACUCAAUCUUCAUAUCUCUCUCCGUCUCAUUUUAUUGUCAACCCCUAUUGAGUUACUUUAACUCUAUAUAUGUUUGUUUUUGUUACUGUUUAGAAGUUAAACUAUGGAAAGAAAAGUGACUGAAAGGUUAAAAGCAAGUCGUUAGAAAGUCAAAGUUAAACAAGGCGAGGUUGUUGAGAUUUUUCGAUCGUAUAAAUGUCUUGACAGUAGACUUGAAAUAUGUGAGUGAGAAUAGACAUUUAAUGUGACUUUUACAGCACCCUGACUCCCUGGGUUUGAGCAAGAGACAGUGCCAGGCUUUGAGCAAUACGUUUAUCAAAGGAAAAACAGGUUCUAUAUUUAGAAAGCGGAAAAAUCAUUGGCAUGGCAGAGGUUAAUAUCCAACAACGUAUCAAAAAGUACCUUCAUCUAUGUGACAUUAUAAGAACAUAUUUGUUUAACUAACUUCACUUAAAGAUUUGUUUAACUUUAUGCAAGCUUUCUGUUUACCAAAGCACAUACAUACAUAUCCUAACAGUCAUGUAUUGGGAAAAAAAUCACAAUCUUUACUUUUUCUGCGGGAAAAUGAUUGUAAAUAUAUCAAAUACAUCUGAGGUGGCUAAAUGGGGUCGUGUGCAAAUGUGUCCUUGUGGUGCGCUUUGCCUCUGUCAUAUAUCACAGUCGAUUAGCUUUUAAUUUGAGUACAGCAUGUCAUUUAAAAGACGUCUUAUGGUGUUAUAGUUAUUUGUUUUUCGACCCAUGUGCAAUUAAUAUAAAGCUUUUGUUUGCCUACGUGUAUGUAUGUGUAACUUCGGCUAUCUUAAAGACAAUAAAUAUGUUCCCGGUU